AUGGCCUCAUCAACCCAUGAAACCUCAAAUUUCCAAAUGCUUCAACAAGGUUCUUCGUGUCGACCCAUGUUGCUCAAAGAUUUUCUCCGAGACGACAAUAGCUAUCAAUAUUCGGACGAGCUCCGAUUAAUGUACUCUAAAAACGGUCGAUGCAAGUCAACGGCAUCCUCAAAGUCAAACGACGAGCGGUCUCCCGAGUUCUUGCUCGUCAGAAGCUGGUCGAGAAAGGCUGCCGCCAUAAGAUUAUCGGCUUUCCAUAAAGUGAUUAAGUUCUUGAGGAUCGCGAAAUCUCCUCCAUCCAUGGAUUUGUCGAGGGGCGAUUCAGGAAAAUCGACCGAGGAUGAAGUCAAAGUCAAAGUCAAAGUCAAGGACAUAUUGCGGUGGAGGUCGUUCCGCGACUUGGCGGAGGAUUUGACUUUUCGAGGCGAUGAAGAUGAUGAUGACGAAGAUCAGCAAUUAGCUGAAAAAUGCUGUCUUGGCACAAAUGGUGCAUUAUUGAUGAACAACAAGGGGGAUUGGUCUAUGGAAGAUUGUGAGCAGCAAAGCCCUGUUUCAGUUCUCGAUGGUUCCCCAUUUCAAGAAGUUCCAGAAUCUUCCAUGUCUCCUUUGCAUCAAGCUCUUGCCAAUUUUGGAAGGGCAAAAUACAUGAUCACAAAGCGAAUUCAAGAAUUCAAGAACACCACGAAACCAAAUCCGACUCAUAAAGAUGGUUUUGGAGCCGAGGGAACAAAUGUAGCCGAUGUGAAAGCCAGACGAUUAUUGAACAACAUCAAAGAAGACGGUCUAAUAAUUAGUCAGAACGCCAUCGAAAAUAUGAUAUUGGACUUUUUCGUGCACGAGCUCUCUAUAAGUGGAAAGGUUAAUGAUCCCGAGUUUCAUGAUGAGUUAAUGGAGAUGGCAAAAUCUUGGAUUAUCGGAGAAUACGAUCACGAGUCCUAUUUGUGGGAGGUUGGAGAUAAGAGGAAAGCUUAUGUUAAGGAUAUGGAGAAUGGAGUGUAUUGGAACAAGUUUGGACAAGAACAAGAGGAGGUCUCGAUGGAGCUUGCGGCCGAGAUAUUUGACAAGUUGAUCGGUGAUGUUUUGGUCGAUUUUCUCAACAAAUGA